AUGGAGGCAUCAAGUGGAGGAGGAGGAUCAGAAGAGAAAGGAAUGUUUGAGUAUUUCGGUUGGGUUUAUCACCUUGGCGUCAAUUCUAUUGCCCAUGAAUUUUGCCACCUACGUUUCCUCUUCAUUAGAGGCAAAUACGUUUCCAUGUACAAGCGUGAUCCUCAUGAGAACCCUGGCAUUAAACCUAUUAGGCAAGGUGUCAUUGGUCCCACACUCAUGGUCGAGGAGCUUGGCCGUCGAAAGGUUAACAAUGGGGAUUUUUAUGUCAUACGCUUUUACAAUCGAUUAGAUGAGACCAAAAAAGGAGAAGUUGCUUGCGCCACGGCUGGGGAAGCACAGAGAUGGAUGGAAGCAUUUGAACAGGCCAAGAACCAGGCUGAGUAUGAGCUGUCAGUAGGAGUCAGUGCCAGAGACAAACUAAACCAGGAAACAGAGAUCAAUCUAGAAGCACAUCGACCUAGAAUGAGGCGGUAUGCAUCUGGGCUGAGGAAGUUUAUAAAAAUCGGCCAAGGCCCAGAGACGCUUUUAAGGCUAUCAUCAAAGGUUUUUGGUAGUUCAGAUGGGUUAGAAGGGGAUACUGGAGAUGCAUUUGACCCACAUCAGUGGAAAUGUGUUCGAACAAUGUCUGGUAUAAGAAUUUUUGAGGAUAUUACUAGUCACAAGAAUGGUAAGGGUGUCCUCGCUAAAUCGAUGGGUGUUAUUGAUGCAACUGCAGACAAUGUUUUUGAAGUGUUUUUAAACACUGAUCGGAGGAAAAGAUAUGAGUGGGAUAUGUUGAUGGGUGACUUGGAGCUAGUAGAAUCUUACGAUGGACAUUACGAUGUUGUUUAUGGGACAUAUGAUCCUAAGUAUCUAACUAGAUGGCACUCGAAGCGGGAUUUUAUCUUCUCUAGGCAAUGGUUUCAUGCACAAGAUGGAACAUACACUAUAUUGCAAUUUCCAGCAAUACACAAGAAAAAGCCGCCCAGAUUAGGCUAUCGACGUACAAAAAUUAAUCCAUCUACAUGGGAGAUUAGAAAUUUGAACACACCAAUGGGAUCGAAUCUACCAAGAUGUUUAGUGACCCACACAUUAGAGAUACACUCUACAAACUGGCAUCGAUGGAAGAACAGCCAGUGCACAAAAUUUGAGAAGAGCAUCCCUUAUGCAUUGUUGUGUCAAGUGGCAGGUCUAAAGGAAUAUAUUGGAGCCAAUCCAGCACUCCAACAAGAUACUGUUACAGUUGUUCAUUCCAACAUCUCUAGUAUUUCUUUGUCCAGAGCUGAAUAUGAAAAUGCAGAAGUCCAGGAUGAAUUUUAUGACGCAAUGUCUUCUGAGUCAUCGACAUCAGAUGAAGAAAGUGACGAGGAUGACGAUCGUGAGAAUAAGGAUGGAAAGGUCAAACUAAAGAACAUUUCAUGGGCCAUAACAGAUUUACCUUUGAAAAAAACAUCAGCUCUAAGUCUAUGCAAAGAAUUAGAUGCUGAUGUAAGUCCUAUACAAAUUGAUGCAAAUGAUUUUCAUGGUUCUUUGCGAAAAGGAAACGAUGACAAUGAUACAGACUGUUGGACGUCUCCUAGUGGUGAAGGUUUUAAGAUUAGAGGAAAAAACUAUCUAAAAGAUAAUUCUAAGGUAGUUGGAGGAGAUCCUCUUCUCAAGCUCGUAGCAAUUGAUUGGAUAACAGUUGAUAAACCUCUUGAUAAAGUUGCGCUGCAUGGUAGAAGUAUGGUUCAGAGCGAAGCUGGGAAAAAGCUUCCAUUUAUCCUUGUAUUUAAUCUCCAGGUUCCAGCUAAACCAAACUACAGUUUGGUUCUAUAUUAUGCAUCUGAAAGACCUAUAAACAAAGACUCUCUAUUGGCUAAGUUUUUGGAUGGAGAUGACAUGUUUCGAGACUCAAGAUUCAAACUAAUUCCGAGUAUUGUUGAGGGAUAUUGGAUGGUCAAGCGAGCUGUUGGAACAAAAGCUUGCCUAUUGGGGAAGGCCGUGACUUGUAAAUACUUCAAACAAGAUAACUUUUUGGAGAUAGAUGUGGAUAUUGGUUCAUCGUCUGUAGCCAGGAGUGUUGUUGGCCUUGUUCUGGGAUAUGUCACGAGUCUAGUCGUUGACCUUGCAAUUUUAAUAGAGGCAAAAGAAGAGUCAGAGCUGCCCGAGUACAUUCUCGGAACUGUUCGAUUAAAUCGCCUUAGACCUGAAUCUGCUGUACCUUUUGAAGUUUGA